AUGAUCGCAGAAACUGUCAUUAGUUCACAUUUCACAACCGGUACUGACGAAGAGCUGGCUAUCGACGGCUUUACUUUGGUAACUCGACAAGACAGUAGUACCGUAGAGUCUCUAAGCCAACGAGCCUUUGGUACCGCAAUAUAUAUUCGCAGUAGCAUGGUUCUUGGGCCCUUGAUGGUAUCGAGCAUCUAUGCCUCGCCUCAAGCUCCUAUUGACACCUUGAUUGCUGCGUUGGACGAAAUACUUGUAAACCAUCAAAACACUGCACAUAUACUCGCUGGAGAUUUUAACAUAAAUCUCAACUCCCCAGAGGAUGCUCGCACUUCACGACUCCUACAGUUCUUGGCUACUCAUCGACUACUACCCGCCCUUGCCCCAGAAAUAUCUACAACACGGUCCGGCAUAUCCAUUGACACAUAUUUUACUAAUUUCCCUGCUACGACAUUUACUGCAAACACAUACACCACUACGUUCUAUACGGAUUAUGAAAUCACCUUUAGUGUUUCCUUGACCGUCUGUCUGUCAUGCUUCUGA